GAAUAAUCCCCGUGAACGGCUCGGAAGCGGAGGAAGAGUUGCGCUGCUUCCAACAAACUCAAACAGCAGCAGCGGAACCGCCACCAACCCCAACAAGCGACACGACCCCCAAACACACAACACCACCACCCAACAACAACACCACCAACACCACCACCAACAGCAAGCAAGGGAACCCAGCACUGGCCUUCCUCUCCUGCAAGGGCAGGAGCAGCACCAGCGGUGUGGCAUGGCGUCAAGGAUAGGCGGCGAUGGCGGCAAUGCAAACGACGCGCCGACCACGCAGCAGAACCAUCCAUCGCACGCCUCCUCUGCACAGGCCACUUCAGACAGUGGUGGCCGCACAAACGGCGACACCACCAAAACAAACAGGCCCGAAGCCGGAAGUGACGCCACCAGCACCACCACCAGCAACAGCAAGGCACCGCCAACAACGCCACGAAGAAAGAAGGCCCCACCUCCAGUGCGCCCGAAAUCACGCAGUGCCAGCCGAAGAGCAUCGCAACAGUACCACCACCACCAGCACCAGGGACAACGGUCCGGUGCAAGCAACGGUGGUAACAGCGAGCGCCAAGAUCAGCCGUCUUCACAGCAACCAUCGGUGCCCGCAUCACCCUCCUCAGCAACAUCUUUGGCGUCAGCGGCGUCGUCGGCGUCACACACCGCGCCAGCAACGCCCGCAGCCUCAACCACACGCCAGCAGCUUGGGCCAUCCUCUCCAACAUCAUCACCCACCUCUGCGUUGUCGUCGCCAUCGGCACUUCCAGCCCGACAUCAACAGCAGCAACAGCACCGCUGGUCUACAGGCGCAACUGCUGCCGGCAGCGUCUCGGUGCCCGUCACUCCCAUGGGCCGCUCCCGCCAGCGCCCGGCAAGCAUGAGCGUGUACAGCCCGUCGUCACCUGGCGGGAAGCCAACCUCCCCGGGGCUCAAGGGGCUCAGUCCCUUUCAUCGCGGCAGACUCGGCAGCUUGCGGACGUCUGUGCGCGCCAAGAUGAAGGUGGAGACAAAGUCAUCUUCGGGGAUGGACACGGCACGGCGCAAGGCGCGUGCGUACGAGUACCUGUGUCACCUCGAGGAAGCAAAGCAGUGGCUGCAGGCCAUAUUGGAGGUUGAUCUGCCGCCCGCCGAGCGGCUGGGCGAGCGACUCGCAAACGGCGUUGUCCUCGGCAAGCUCGCCGCGUUCUUCAAUCCGCAAAAAGUGAAACUGCGACACAUUUACGAUCCAGACGAAUCCAUCUACGAGCAACGCGGCCUGCGCUUUCGCCACGUCGACAACAUCACCCGCUUCCUCAACGCAAUGACAGACAUCAAGUUCCCAGAGUUCUUCCACCCGACAGUGACGGACGUGUAUGAUCGCAAGAACACACCCCGCCUCAUCUACUGCUUGCAUGGUCUCAGCUUUUUCCUGCACAGCAUGGGGCUGGCGCCGCACAUGGAGGACUUGCACGGCAUUGCAGAGUUUUCGGAUGAGCAAAUCGAGCACAUUGAUCGGCACAUUGACGAGGCGGGCGUGCCGCUGCCGGCGUUUGAUUCCGCUCGCACUUUCCAUCUUGGGAAAGCGGGCGGCGUCGCACACGCACACGCACACGCGCGCGAGGCCGUGGAUGAGGAACUUGUUGGCGGUGGCGAUGAGGACAAGGACGACAGUGCAUCACACGUCAUGCCGUAUCUGGUGUACUGGCCCUUUGCCCCGGAGCCCUGGCAGCCGUGGGUGCAUGACGAUGAUGACGACGAUGACGAUGAUUUGGGCGCAAUGACGAGCAACGCGGCGUCGGCACGCGCAUCCUCAUCAUCAUCAUCAUCCGCCGCGCACACAGCAGGGGCGGAUGUGGAAGCCAAGGAGACAGACGCACCGUCCUUGCUGUUACCAUUGUCAGCAUCAGCAUCAUCAUCAUCAUCGUCAACAGCGAAACGAGGAGGUGGACGUGCAAAGGCGAAGACGGCUGGUGGGAGAUUAGCGCCACCGCCGUCACAGCUGCACGCCAACAACGACAGACACACGCGCGCACGCAGCGGUCUGCACCGCCAACAACGCCAUGGUGAUGCCGGUGAUGAUGAUGGUGGCCAUGAUGAUGGCAGUCGCGGUCACGGUGGUGGCACACGGUGGUUUCCACACAAGGAAGACCUGGCACAGAACCUACAGGAGUACAUCCAAGAGGCAAAGGAGAGCCGGCAGGAUCAGCAGCUGGCCGAGUUUGAGUUUCGAGCCCUCCUCCGUGACACCCUCCCACACGUCUACGACAAGCUGGUUGCUGGCGACGACGAUGACGACGACGCCGAACACAUGUUGGCGCAAGUGGACGACGAGGACGAGUACAGACGCGCAAAGGAGGACUUGCAGCUGCUCAGGGACCAGGCGUUUUGGGACCAUAUGUUCUGGGGCACGCCACGCCCCUUUUUCGUCACUUGGCCCUUUGUUGUCGAUGACUACCUGGACGAGGACGACCGCGCGUGUCUGUCUGUGGCGGAGGACGUGCUGUUUGCCGUGAACGAAUCGACGGCAAUGCAGCAGAUGGAGCUCCUGCGGGUCAUCAACGACUCGCUCAACAGCACCCCGCUCGAGGUGUCGCAGUUGUAUUCGCUGGAGGAUUUGAUUGCGUACAAAUUCCCGCACCUGGAGGAGGCGCUGCUUGGUGACGAGGACGUGAUUGUGACCGUCAACUCAUCGCCGUCGAGUGCUGGCGCGUCAUCGCACGCAUCUCGCUCUCCGUCGCCCUUGCAAGACGCAGUUGCUGCUGCUGCUGACCAGCGGCAGGAGGGUGAGGAGGAGACCGGGGAACAUGUCGCUGACGCUGAUGCUGAUGGAGAUAACGAACAGCAACAACAACAACAACAACAACAACAACAACAACAACAACAACAACAACAACAACAACAUCAACAACAACAACAACAACAGCAAUCGAAAAAGUCACACAACCGCACCCCCAGCAUCACUCUCACCACAGACGUGAUCAACACAGACGAAGCAGCAGCAGCGGGUGUAGUUGCCGAUGAAGACGACAACAGCGGAGACGCGGGUGAAGAGGGAAAGAGCAAAGGUUCGGUGACAACAACAGCAACAACAACAGCAUCAGGGGCAACGAAAACAACCGUGUUGCUGCAUGCCUCCAACCACAACAAUGACGAUGCUGAUGAUGAUGAUGAUGAUGCGCACCCUGACGAUGCCGUGUGGUUCAAGCACCUCGAUGCCCCAACUGCCGCCACCGUUACGGCGCUCUCGUCCUCCCUGUCUGCCUCACUGUCGGCACACUCCAUGCACUCGUCAGCGUCGUCGUCGUCGUCAUUGUUACCGUCGUCGUCUGCUGCGAUUGCCAACAUGCUGCAGUGGGACGAGCAGUGGUGGUCAGACCCGCGCAUUCCGUUUCCACACAUGGCCGACAUCCUCACCAUCCAGCACUCCAGACAGCAGCAGCAGCAACUGCUACGGCAACGCGGGUUCUCUGGCGGCGGCAGCUGCGUGUCGCUAUUUGGAUCUGCAACCACUACGCCUGUGCCAUCCAUGCAGCCGCACGACGACAACGACAACAGCGGAAAUGGUGAUCGCUACAUUGCACGCAGCCGCAGCCCAGCCGGUCUCGCUGGUGUAGGCGCGUUGCCGCUGCGCAAGAGCGUGUCGCCACGUGUAUCACCUCGCAAUCGCCCCACAACAGCAGACCCGCUUCUCACCCGCUCACCAGUCAGUGGCAAGGACGGUCGCAUUGGUGGUGGUGAUGGUGGUGAUGGUGGUGAUGGUAGCGAUGGUGGUGAUGGUGGCGGUGAUGAUGAUGACAUCAACCGCAAGCGCCGUGCAAAGAGCCAGGAGUUUCGCACGUCGUUCUCAUCGCACACAGGCAGCACGCCCCUGCUGGGUGGCGACGGUGCUGGUGGCGGCGAUGGUGGUCUGCUGUCUGCCUACGAUGCUGUUGCGGGCGCAAAGCGCGGAUCGCAGCACUGGCAGGACAUGCGUCGGGUGCUUGGACGCGUGCGCGCGUGGUCGCGGGAAGCGAGCAGCACACGCGCACCGGCUGCUGCCGUGCUGUCACGCCUCAAGUCAGAUCUCUCAGAUAUUCGACUGCCGCCGCACAUGCAGGCGCAAGUGCAACAACAACAGCAACAACAUCAGCAGCAGCAGCAGCAACAACAAAAGAAGUCGUCGUUGUCCGUGUCACCACAUGCAGUGCGGCCCCGCACGUCGCUGCUUGGUGAGGGUGAGGGCGAUGACGCUGUGCUGGCACGCACCAGCGGUCACGACGAUCACGAUGCUGUCCAGGGUAGCGCUGUAAGUGCAGCGGGAAGCGGUGCCGUCAGCCGGGAAUCGUCCAUGUCACGACGCGGAACGCUAUUGGACGCGGCCCUCUUUUCCCGCAGCCAACCCGAUGUCCGGUAUUUGCUCGCCCGCUCAGCGUCACCGCAGCGAUCUGUGUCGCCCAUGGCCGCACAGGCGCACAUGCAGGGUGAUGGCGAUGAUGAUGAUGGCAAGGACGAUGAUGCCGGUCGAAGAAGUGUGAGUCGUGGCAGUGCCAGUGGCAGCGCACUUGCCACGACAAGCCUGUCACCAACAACAGCGUCUGCAGCUGCAGCAACGCAGAUGUACACGCCGGGGCUGGCUGAUUCCGUGACGUCGCCGUGGCUGCGGCGGAAGCUCGAGCAGCGGCAGCAGGCGCGGGCGCAGGCUGCCAUGGCGCGCAGGGCCAGGCUCUCGGAGGACCUGUCCCAACCACUCCUCCUGCCCACAAAAACAUCAUCGCCAAGCGCCACGUCACCAACGCUCUCGCGUUUGGCGCAGCGACACGACUCGAGCGACAACGUUCCUUAUUUGGAAGUUCAGAGGCGCGGGCGUUCGCGCCACCGCCACACAAGCAGCAUGACAUCAGAUCUUGCAGAUGAACUGCGGCAGCAGUACAACAGCGACCACAGCAACGACAACGGAGGUGGUGGUGUUGGCGGUAGCGUGAGGCGCGGGUCUGCUGGUGGUGGUGUUGUGCCCGCGACUAUGAGUGCACGCGGCAGCCACAUCACAGGGCAGGGUGAUGACUUGGGGCACAGUUGUUCUGGCUCGCCUGCCAAGGCACAAUCGGUUCUGCUGACGCGACUGAGCAGCGGAUCACUGCAUCACCUGCAUCGCUCGUCGUCGCCAUCACCGCGAACGCGUCGAUCAGGCUCCGUCCACUCGCUCGCAUCAACCACGUCCGCACACUCGCGCACGCACUCCCCUCUCGCCUCGCGUCGCGUGAGUGUUGGUGUCGCUGACACUGCAAUCGCCACCUCCACUGGUGCCAGUGACUCAGCUCAUUCGCCACCGCAGCAACAACAGCAAAGGUCGCACGCGCUGGCUUCCUCGUCCUCCACGAAGGAAGGAAACGGACAGCCACCAUCGUCACCGCAGGCCUCAAGCGGCGGUGACGAGCUGUCUGUGCCAUCACCUCGGCUGGUCCGCAUUGCGAGUGGCGUUGUGUUGAACUCAAGCCCCAAUGUGCACCGUGCACGUGAGGAAGAGGAGGCUGCACGCGAGAAGCUGCGACAGCUGCCCAUUGCAGAGUGGGCCGUGUAUGCGUCACCCACCACCUCGCCCAGGUCUGGUGGCGGUGGCGGCGGAGGCAGCAGUAGCUCGCGCGUGUCGUCCCGCGAUCAAACGCCACACACCAGCCCGCGCGCACAACGGCGCACGGCGAACGCCCAGCUUGGUGGUGUCAGUGAUGAUGAUGGUGGUGAUGGUGAUGAUGAUGCAGCGAAGGAGGCGGGAAGCGCUGAACAAAGUGCGGUGAAUGGAGGUUGUGAAGAACAGCAACAACAGCAGCAGCAGCAGCAGACUGGUGUUGGUGGCGGUGAUGAUGGCGACGAGUGGGUGGUGGACGCUGUCGUUGCGAGUGCGUCCAACAGCACCGACAACACGCCAGUGGGCAGCACCAAGGCGCUCAACGUCAUUGGUGGCCGUGACGGUGAUGGUAGCGACGACAGUGAUGACUGUGAUGAUGGUGAUGGUGAUGGUGAUAGUGAUGGUGGAAAGCGAGGGCGACGACAGCUGCCGAUGGCGCCGACGCCGCUGAAACCGCGACGGCCAACCACCACGAGCGACCCGUCAGAGGCAUCGUCGCCACUACAGGAGUCAACAGGCAGCGGUGUCAUUGGUAACGCUGAAGAUGAUGACGAGUGGCUAUGA